AUGGUCGCAGCGUCGUCAGCUUCGCGGGCAAAGCCCGUGAAGCGUGUGAAGAAAGGAACGGAGACGACAAAGAACUAUCGGUUCGAGGGAUUUUCGCAGCGUGUCGCAAAGCUAAAGAUCGAUCCGAUUCACCGCGUGCGCCGGCCGAGUUUUGGGGAAGAUGAAGGAGACGAAAACUCGUCACAUUUCCGAUCCGCAUUCGAUCACUGGACCGAGUUGAACCUGUCCGACAAUUUUGUGCAGUUUGCUCGUCGAGUUAACCCGCUAUGUGAGAGUUUGGUUCAGAUCCUGUAUCAUGAGGAAAAGAUAAUGAGCUUGUUGGUGGAAUUCAUUGAGAAGAGGGAUCAUCUGUCCAUGGAGCCGCUCCUGAGUCUUCUUGCCCAGUUUGCCAGGGACCUCGGUGCGAAAUUUGAGAAGCAUUUCGCUGCCUCGGUGACCCUCGUGGCCUCCGUAGCUGCUACUCACCCAGAGGUUGAGGUCGUUGAAUGGAGCUUCACAUGCCUUGCAUGGAUUUUCAAAUUCCUUUCGCGGCUCUUGGUUCCGGACCUGAGACAGCUUCUAGGCAUCAUGACCCCGUAUCUCGGAAAAGAGCGGCAGAAGCCAUUCGUGGCGCGGUUUGCCGCAGAGUCAAUGUCAUUUCUCAUUCGCAAGGCAGGAUUAGUCUAUUAUAAGAACACUACACCCCUUCAGCGUGCGAUUUCAUUCUUACUCGACGAUUUGCAUCAGACGGCGGCGGACAAUAAGAAUAUCGAGAUAUAUAAGGAAGGGCUCAUGGCCAUGUUCUCUGACGCCAUAAAGGGUGUCAAGUAUGGUCUUCACUCCAAUGGCACUGAUAUCUUUAGCGCUAUUCUGGAAAACAUGUCUACGGAUGACGACCUGCGUAGUAGUCUGGGGCUGGAUGUUGCAAGCGGCAUUCUGACCAACAUCAUCCACAACACAACUCCCGACACUUUUGAGCCCAUAGUGGACACGAUCAAGUCGCAUAUUGAAGCUCGUUGCCGGAAAGCUGACAAACGACGCGCCAUGGCAUGCUGUCGCCUAAUCUUCGUCUGUGUUUCUACUCGCAAGGGUUUGCGAGUGAAGAACUGGAAAAAUGUACACCAGACCUUGUUACUUCUCCUGCAAACCGCCGCUGCCGCGCCUGGUGCGUAUGCCGAUGCGACACCUCAGCUUCUCAUUGCGGUAGCAUAUGCCCUCCAAGUUUCACCUAUGGAUGAAUUGCUGCCAUUUAUGCGUACGACCAUGGAAACCGUGACAAGCGAGCCUCUUUCGAACUACUUCCUGUCAUUCUGCGCCACCUUUUCGGAAUGGGGCGCAGAGCGGUUUCAUAGUGUGAUACUUCCUUACUUCCAGAAGUUUGUCAACACUUCAUGGAAGGAGCGUGAGUACGAACUUUGUUUGAUCUUGCUUCGGUUGAAUCAAGCCGGGUGCAUCACAUCAGAAGUUUCGAAGCCUGGUUACAUCUCUUGUCCAGCCCCUUGGAAGGCUAAAAUCAAGAAGACCUUGAAAACCCAGCGUCCAGGGGAAACAGAGGUAACACUUCUAAAUGCAUAUUCCAAGCUUCCUAGUGCCCUGUCCUUGUCCACGGAACCUUCCCUCCUCCCCGACAUGACUCAAAGUCUCCAUGGUCACGUAUCUCGUGCACUGAAGAGUGAUGAAUCCCAACCAUCUCUGUCGACCAAGUUUUUCGUCGGUCAGGGCUUCAAGGCAUAUGUGGAGCUGGCAUCGAUCUGUGGCGAAGUCGACUCGAACCUCUGGGACCAAAUCAGCAACGUCGCUUCCACAUAUUCUCGUCUUCCCGUUUUCCUCGAGGCAACCUUGGCUUACGUCUCAGCUUGCUCCAAAGAACUUGAUUUGAACAAGCCUGCCCUCGCUGAGUUCGCAGAUGUGCUAAUCACCAACCUUGCCGGGCCGUCCCACGAUUUGAGACUGGUAUCCCUCAAAAUUCUGCAGGAAAUUGUCCAAGCUUCGGGCGACGACACGUCCCUUAUAUCUUUGGCCAUUCAAAUUGAAGAAAGCCCCCUUACGCUACAGUCCGCUAGAGAGUUGUCCAUGCAUGUACGUAAGAUGGCUAUAUCUUAUCCACAGGUGGCAUCGCGGAGAUGGAUGUCUAGGUUGAUUCCGAAUUUCUUGUUCGGUCUUUUCUCAAAGAAGAUGGCCCCGUUGUGGGAUGACUCUGCCGCUGCUUUGAAGUCGAUCAGCGAGCACGCAGAUGGAGAGAAGAUUGUUUCGGAUCUGGCUAUCCAGUGGCUUCAAGAGAGAGGUACCCCAACCUCUGCAGAAGACACGGAAGAUGAUCCUAAUGCGGACUCUUUCGUGUCUGGGGACUACCAGUGCUUCAAUGCACUCAAGGUGGAAAGUGUUGGCACCACGAACUUCGAGGCUGGCGAACCCAUCUCCAUGUUAACACAGCGGCUUGAAAAAGAUCAUCACUUCUCGGAGGUUAUCCCAGCUGCCCCUCGAACUCAAGCUUUACGUGUUCUUAAUGCUGCGCCAAACAUCGCUGAAAAACGGUCGCGCCAAGUUGUUCCCUUGUUCUUGUCCUGGGCAACACGCGAUGAAGAAGAUAUCCCUUCAGCGACUGAUCUGAAGUCUUCCGAGUCCACCUCCUACAUUCCUUGGGGAUUCCAUGAUCGACUGGCCUUCCUUGGCCUUUUCGGUCAGUACUUAAACCCCCGUGUCCUGUUCAGGGCUUCCGAGGUUCACGAUGCACUGUUUGGAUUGCUGUGUCACGGAAAUUCUGAGAUUCAGAAGGCUGCUCUCAAAGCUCUUUUCACUUGGAAAUCCCAGGGUAUUUUGCCAUACAAGGAGAACCUUUUGAAUAUUCUUGACGAAUCGCGGUUCAGAGACGAGCUCUCGGCGUUCGUUCAAGUUGGCGGGGAGGAUAGUUUGAUUGAAGAGGCACAUAGGGAUGAACUACUUCCUGUUCUCCUUCGACUUCUCUAUGGACGGAUGAUCUCAAAGGCUGGUGCGAGCGCAAGUCAGGCUGGGCAAGCAGGACGACGAAAAGCAGUUCUGAGAACCUUGGCCCAAUUGCCUGACAACGAGUUCCAGCUCUUCAUCCAGAUCUCAUUCGGUCCUCUGGGCGAUGUUCACUUGAUCCAAAAUGGUGAAAUUGAUCAGGAAGUGUUCACACGAGAGCUGGCAAGCCCAAGGAGGCAAAUGGGUCUACUAAGGAUGAUUGAAACGGUCUUUGAAUCACUACAGACCAAGAUGACACCUUACGCCGAGCGGUCUAUGGAAGUUGUCCUUUACUGCCUGGUUCGAGCAUGUCGUGAAUUGGAAAAGUCGCAGCCAGAAAAUGAAGAAGGGAAACUAUUGACCGUGUUGCGUAAUAUCCGCUCUACAUGUAUUAAGUGCCUGGACCUUAUAUUCUCUGUCUCGCUGGACCGAGACUGGACACCCUUCGUUCGUGUGAUCUUCAACGAGACGAUCAACCCUAGACUCGAAAACUUUGCGACAGAAACAACCCAAGGUGUUUCUGGUCUUCUUAGACUGUUCCAUACCUGGGCUACUGGCCCCAGAUCGUCCUUCUAUCUCGUCCAGCACAAUGAUGCCCUUCUAACCAAGGUCGUUGACUGUCUUGGUGUAGAUUCUACCCGUGAUGAAGUCAAGGUGUUUAUUAUGGAUGAAAUCCUAGUGCCAUUAGUCGGACUGGCAACUGGAAAGGAACUGAGAGAGCAGGAGGAAAUGAGCGAUAUUCCUGCUGAUGAAAUUCGAUCGGUGGUUUUGGCACCUUAUUUAGACCACACCCUUUCUCAUCUGGGUAACUUGCUGAAGCGAGGCCCUUCCCGACCAGUCUUAAUAUCUGGCGUUCAGACUCUUUCUCUACUGGCCCCAUGUGUUGAAUCGUCCACGGAAACGUCAAGCUUGGUUAACAUAACCACAUAUCUUCUCCGUCAGCCCCCGGACCGCGUUUCCCCCAAGACGAAAUCUGGCCUUCUGCGCAUCCUCGAGCACUUCUUACCUCUGUACGACCCCAAGGAAGACUCGAAGCUUUUCCAGGAGGUGUUUGAUGCAGUUUCGUCCAUGUUCGAUUACUUCAAGGAUGAAGCGAACCGAGAGGUCUUGUCUAGGGUUUUCUCUGCCUUCGCCAAGCAUGACCCUGAGCUCAUCAAGGUUGCUGCUCUUUGUGAAGACUUGAACUCAGUCUCUCGGAAGAAGCUGGAAGUUGACUUUGAACGUCGGUUGCAGGCUUUCAGAGAGAUCAACGAUGGGCUCUGGGAGAAGUUCAAUGCUAGGCAAUGGCGGCCGGUUCUCUACAACAUGCUCUACCACGUUAAAGACGAUGAAGAGCUUGCCAUCAGAUCGAGUGCUUCGUUUGGAUUGAAACGAUUCAUGGACCGGGCUACUCUCGCUACUGACAACAAUGUGGAGGAAUUCGAGCCCCUCGUAAAGGAUGUUUUAUUCCCUUCAUUGCAGAGUGGAAUUCGGCAAAAAUCAGAACUAGUUCGGGUGGAAUUUAUCUCCGCGCUAGGCUACUUCGUCAAGCUGAAUCCUGACAGACCUAACGUUCAGGAUAUGCGUGAUUUACUUGUUGAUGACGACGAGGAAGCCUCUUUUUUCAAUAACGUUCUCCAUAUACAACAGCAUCGUCGUCUGCGAGCCUUACGACGUCUGGCUACCGAGGCAUCAAAGGGCAAACUACAGGCUUCAAACAUUAGCACAAUUUUCAUUCCCCUUAAUGAGCAUUUUGUGUUCGAUGAAGAGGCUGAUGAGGCUGCCCACAACCUGAUCGCAGAGGCAGUUGCGACCAUCGGGGCACUUGCGGAGUGGCUUGACUGGAACCAGUUCAGGGCCAUCUUCCGUAGGUAUAAGAGUUAUAUGCAGAGCAAGCCAGAGAUGGAAAAGAAUAUCUUGAGACUUCUAGGUAGAAUGUCUGACGCCCUAACUACUGCAAUGAAUCAAAUCAAUGCGCCCAAGGAAACGGCCGAAGACCAAAUGGAGGGAGUUGAGACUUCAGUACCUUCCCAGUGUACUUUGGCUCGGACAAUUCCGUCAACUUCCAAGGUUGCAUCCGAACUGACAACGAACUUUACUCCUUUCCUGACAAACUUUGUUCACCAUAAAAAUGAAGCACAGAUGAGCUUGCGUUUACCAGCUUCGGUGACAAUCAUCAAGCUUUUGAAAUUGUUGCCAGAGCAAGACAUGACUAUUCGCUUACCGGCCGUCCUUCUGGACGUUUGCAGCAUUCUUAAGAGUCGCGCACAAGAUUCCAGAGACACUGCUAGGAAGACUUUGGACGACAUCGCCCUGCUGUUGGGCCCUGUGUAUUUCGGCUACAUACUCAAGGAACUCCGAACUACCCUCACAAAGGGUUACCAGCUGCACGUUCUGUCUUUCACUGUCCAUUCUAUGCUUGUGACCACGACGGACGAAUUCAAGCAAGGGGACCUGGAUUACUGUCUGGCAGACCUGAGCGCGGUGGUGAUGGACGACAUAUUUGGCACUGUUGGUCAGGAGAAGGAUGCAGAGGAAUAUGUGAGCAAGAUGAAGGAAGUGAAGAGCAACAAGAGUUAUGACUCCAUUGAACUCUUGGCGAAGAAUUCCACCGUUCGGAACCUGUCGAAUCUGAUCAGACCCUUGCAGUCACUCCUUAAAGAGAAGCUUACCUCCACCAUUGUGAGGAAGGCUGACGAGCUUUUGCGGAGAAUCGGCAUUGGUCUUUUGCGAAACCCAGGUGUAGAAAACCGUGACAUCCUGAUGUUUUGUUAUGAAGUCAUUAAGGAGUCGUACCAGGGGCCGGUGCAGGCUGAAAAGAAAGCUUUAUCUGCUUCCGAAGAACAUUUUCUGAUCAAGCUUCAUGGAGCAAAGCGGGGUGAGAAACGAGGCACCACUUCUUCUUACGUUCACAAGUUGACCCGGUUUGCCCUUGAUGUCCUUCGCUCGGUCUUGAGCAAGUUUGACUCACUACUCACGCCAGCCAAUGUGGCUGGGUUCCUCCCUAUCAUUGGCGAUUCGCUAGUCCAAGGGCAGGAGGAAGUCAAGAUCUCGGCUCUUCGACUACUAUCUACAAUGGUCAAGCUCCCUCUUGCAGAAAUUGAUAACAACUCGCACGUGUAUCUCACUGAGGCUGUCAAGAUUAUCAAGGAGGCGCCGAAUACAAACACUGAAGCUGCUCAAGCAUCGCUGAAGUUGAUUGCGGCUAUGCUUCGGGAGAGAAAGUCCACAAAGCUCAGGGACGGACAUCUUUCAUAUCUGCUGCAGCGCCUCACUUCCGACAUUGAAGAGCCGGAUCGUCAAGGCAUCACAUUCAACUUCAUCAGGGCUGUUAUGUCUAGGAAGUUCGUUGUCACUGAAAUGUACGAGUUGGUUGACCAUAUUGCUACCAUGAUGGUCACAAACCAAACUCGCUCUGCACGUGAUCUAGCGCGAGGUGUCUACAUUCACUUCCUUGUGGAGUACCCCCAGGCCAAGAACCGGUGGGCAAAACAACUGGCUUUCUUGGCCAAAAACUUGGAGUACAAGCACUCGGAGGGUCGUCAAUCGGUCAUGGAAGCCAUCCAUACUCUGCUGUCGAAGACUGGACAGGAACUCGCUCAGGACAUAGUCGGUACAUUUUUCUUGCCAGUAGUCAUUGUCAUGGCGAAUGAUGAUGCUUCAGAAUGCAGAGAGCUCGCAGGAACCUUGCUGAGCCAGUUCUACAGUAGGGCAGACAACGAAACGAUGAAGACCAUUCUCGUGCCUCUGCAUUCAUGGCUGGAACAAACAGACAACUUGCUUUUGACCAGCACCGGGCUACACGCUAUGCGAAUUUACUUUGAGGCGGAGGAGACGACGAAGGAAAAAGAAGCUCGUUUUGUUAGAGAUCUUCUGCCUUCAAUCAUGCAGCCGGUCCUAGAAGCUGAAGAUACUGAAAACUGGCAGACGCUUUAUUACUCUCUCCAGCUCUACGCAAAGCUCUGCAAGAGUGUUCCUGCGAUCGCGCUCACCAAAGAAAGUGCCACGAACUGGGCUGCUAUUCGAGAAUGUCUCUUCUACCCGCAUGCCUGGGUCAAAACAUCUGCUUCUAAUCUUGUUGGAACCUGGCUUGCGGACUUGGCUAAGUCGAACGCCACUAAUGGCUACAGCUCAUUGCCUUUGGAAAAUUCCUCUGGAUUGGCCUUGGAUAGAGACGCCAUGCUGCAGCUGAUCCGUGCCAGUGUACGCUGCCUUCGAACUCCAGCCGUCAGCGAGGAGCUUGCGAUGCAAACCGUUCGCAACAUCAUUUUCAUUACGCGCUGCUGCGCUCAGAAUGGCCUCGAGUUCUCUCGCAAGGGUGACAAGGCUGCCGAGUCAGAUGCUAGCGACAGUGAAGAAUCCGAUGACGAGAAUAAGGAGGAGCAGUCGGUAGACUCAUCAAAACCUGCUAUCCGAUAUAUCUUCGAGCAAGUUUCUUCUGUACUGCGUAGGGAGCUUCUUACUACUAGGGCAGAAUCGUUGAUCCCCAAGACCGCAUCCAUCGGUCUUCUGGCAGCUCUUUGCCGCCACCUUGAUGCAGAGCAGAUCCAACCAUCUAUCCCUAUCAUCCUCAUCCCUCUUCAGCAUAUGACUGAUUCAUCCAUCCCGCCACCCCGCUCCUCUGAUCCGGUCUUCAGAGAAUCGUACAAGGCUCUGGUGUCGAACUGCCAUGAGGUAUUGGACCUCAUCCAGAAGAAGCUGGGUACCUCUGAGUUUGUGAAGCAAAUGGCCCUCGUCCAGGAGAAGAUCAAAGAGAAACGUGAAGGCCGUCGUGUUAAGAGACGUAUUGAGGCAGUGACGGAACCUGAAAGGUUCGGGCGUGAGAAGAAGCGGAGGAACGACCGCAAGCGUGAUAAGAGAAAGGAGAAAGGAAUGGAACACCGCAGCAAGAGACGAGGAUGGUAA